AUGAGAUGCAGCAGCGUGUGUAGAUUUGGCGGCGGCGUGUGUAGGUUUGGCGGCGGCGUGUGUAGGUUUGGCGGCGGCGUGUGUAGGUUUGGCGGCGGCGUGUGUAGGUUUGGCGGCGGCGUGUGUAGGUUUGGCGGCGGCGUGUGUAGGUUUGGCGGCGGCGUGUGUAGGUUUGGCGGCGGCGUGUGUAGGUUUGGCGGCGGCGUGUGUAGGUUUGGCGGCGGCGUGUGUAGGUUUGGCGGCAGCGUGUGUAGGUUUGGCGGCGGCGUGUGUAGGUUUGGCGGCGGCGUGUGUAGGUUUGGCGGCGGCGUGUGUAGGUUUGGCGGCGGCGUGUGUAGGUUUGGCGGCGGCGUGUGUAGGUUUGGCGGCGGCGUGUGUAGGUUUGGCGGCGGCGUGUGUAGGUUUGGCGGCGGCGUGUGUAGGUUUGGCGGCGGCGUGUGUAGGUUUGGCGGCGGCGUGUGUAGGUUUGGCGGCGGCGUGUGUAGGUUUGGCGGCGGCGUGUGUAGGUUUGGCGGCGGCGUGUGUAGGUUUGGCGGCGGCGUGUGUAGGUUUGGCGGCGGCGUGUGUAGGUUUGGCGGCGGCGUGUGUAGGUUUGGCGGCGGCGUGUGUAGGUUUGGCGGCGGCGUGUGUAGGUUUGGCGGCGGCGUGUGUAGGUUUGGCGGCGGCGUGUGUAGGUUUGGCGGCGGCGUGUGUAGGUUUGGCGGCGGCGUGUGUAGGUUUGGCGGCGGCGUGUGUAGGUUUGGCGGCGGCGUGUGUAGGUUUGGCGGCGGCGUGUGUAGGUUUGGCGGCGGCGUGUGUAGGUUUGGCGGCGGCGUGUGUAGGUUUGGCGGCGGCGUGUGUAGGUUUGGCGGCGGCGUGUGUAGGUUUGGCGGCGGCGUGUGUAGGUUUGGCGGCGGCGUGUGUAGGUUUGGCGGCGGCGUGUGUAGGUUUGGCGGCGGCGUGUGUAGGUUUGGCGGCGGCGUGUGUAGGUUUGGCGGCGGCGUGUGUAGGUUUGGCGGCGGCGUGUGUAGGUUUGGCGGCGGCGUGUGUAGGUUUGGCGGCGGCGUGUGUAGGUUUGGCGGCGGCGUGUGUAGGUUUGGCGGCGGCGUGUGUAGGUUUGGCGGCGGCGUGUGUAGGUUUGGCGGCGGCGUGUGUAGGUUUGGCGGCGGCGUGUGUAGGUUUGGCGGCGGCGUGUGUAGGUUUGGCGGCGGCGUGUGUAGGUUUGGCGGCGGCGUGUGUAGGUUUCAAACAGGUGGUAGUAACAUAUAA